AUUGGUACUGCACUACAUUAAACUACUUCAUAAUAUUAUAUUAGCAGCUCAUUCGGCCAGUCGACUUGUACGAGUGACUUUCAGACUGCAUCACGUCCACUUCUAUAUAUGCCCCGACUCGUCGUGUAUAGUGUAUUACUCAAGUUUAUUAAUAUUGUCUUAUUAUAAGUUUGUUUGAAUCAGAAACAAAAAAAAAAAAUCAUCAUGUCGAGUUUAAAAUUAUCUUCUUUUUUGACGAUGCCAGGGGUGAAGUUUGCUCUGAAUGGCGUCGCGAAAAGGUCAAUAGCAUCUAUGUCGUCCUUGUCAGAGACUCAUCGCUUGUUGUAUAAGACAUGUAGAGAUUUUGCGGAAGGAGAACUAAAACCUGUUGCAGCCAAAGUGGACAAGGAACAUUUAUUUCCCGAGAAACAGAUUAAAGAAAUGGGAGAACUUGGAUUAAUGGCAAUUGAUAUUCCAGAAUCAUUAGGCGGUACUGGUCUUGAUUAUUUAGCAUAUGCUAUUGCAAUAGAAGAAAUUUCUAGAGGUUGUGCAUCAGCUGGUGUCAUUAUGAGUGUAAAUAAUUCUUUGUACCUUGGCCCAAUUAAUAAAUUUGGAAAUGAUCAACAAAGAGAAGAGUUUAUCAGGCCUUUUACAACUGGUGAAAAAAUUGGAUGUUUUGGUCUUAGUGAACCAGGUAAUGGAAGUGAUGCUGGUGCAGCUUCUACUAUGGCUGUUAAAAGUGGAUCAAGUUGGAUUUUAAAUGGUACCAAAUCAUGGAUUACUAAUGCUCACGAAGCCAAAGCAUCAGUCGUAUUUGCAACUACCGACAAAACUAAGAAACACAAAGGAAUUAGUGCAUUUUUAGUAAGAAGAGAAUAUCCGGGGUUUUCACUGGGUAAAAAAGAAGAUAAACUUGGUAUACGAGGUUCGUCUACUAGUAAUUUAAUAUUUGAAGACUGUUCAAUUCCAGAAGAAAACAUCUUGGGUGAACCUGGUAUGGGAUUCAAAAUUGCAAUGAUGACUUUGGAUGCUGGCCGCAUCGGGAUUGCUUCUCAGGCACUAGGAAUAGCGCAAGCAUCUCUCGAUGUUGCUGUUGAAUAUGCAACAAAGAGAAUUGCAUUUGGCGCUCCUAUAUCUAAACUGCAAAGUAUUCAGAAUAAAAUUGCUGAUAUGUCUUUACGAGUAGAAAGUGCAAGACUGUUAACAUGGAGAGCAGCUGUUUUAAAAGACGAACACAAACCAUACACAAAGGAAGCUGCAAUGGCCAAAUUAGCUGCGUCUGAAGCAGCAACAUUCAAUGCACACCAGUGUAUUCAAGUGUUGGGCGGUAUGGGUUAUGUUUCCGACAUGCCUGCCGAACGGCACUAUCGCGAUGCACGGAUAACAGAGAUUUAUGAAGGAACGUCUGAAAUACAGAAGCUUGUAAUAGCCGGAAAUAUAUUCAAAGAGUAUAGCUCUUAGUGAGUUAUUAGCCAUACGUAUUAAUACUGAUAUACUGUUACUGUUACCUGAUUCAAGUGUACUCUAUACGAAUUUACUGAUGAUGUUUUGACUGAAAUUUCCCAAAUUUAAUAGUUUGAAUUUGUAUACCUAUAGAUGUUUAAAUUAUAUCUAUUGAAAAUACCCUAACAUAUAUUAUAAUUAUUUCAACUCAUUAAUUGUUAAGAUCAAUAUUAUAACAAAACCCAAUAGUAUUAAAAAUAUUAUUGCACAUA